AUGUCCGUCGCGGACGAGGUUGACGGCCCGGGCGUGGCCCGGCCACACUAUGGCUCUGUCCUGGAUAAUGAGAGGCUUACUGCAGAGGAGAUGGAUGAAAGGAGACGUCAGAAUGUGGCUUAUGAGUACCUUUGCCAUUUGGAAGAAGCAAAGAGGUGGAUGGAAGCAUGCCUAGGGGAGGAACUGCCUCCCACCACAGAGCUUGAGGAGGGGCUCAGGAAUGGGGUCUACCUUGCCAAGCUAGGAAACUUCUUCUCUCCCAAAGUGGUGUCCCUGAAAAAAAUCUAUGAUCGAGAGCAGACCAGAUACAAGGCAACUGGCCUCCACUUUAGACACACUGAUAAUGUGAUUCAGUGGUUGAAUGCCAUGGAUGAGAUUGGAUUGCCUAAGAUUUUUUAUCCAGAAACUACAGAUAUCUAUGACCGAAAGAACAUGCCAAGAUGUAUCUACUGCAUCCAUGCACUCAGUUUGUACCUGUUCAAACUAGGCCUUGCUCCUCAGAUUCAAGAUCUAUAUGGAAAAGUUGACUUCACAGAAGAGGAAAUCAACAACAUGAAGAUUGAGCUGGAGAAGUAUGGAAUCCAGAUGCCUGCCUUCAGCAAGAUCGGGGGCAUCCUGGCUAAUGAACUCUCAGUGGAUGAAGCUGCAUUGCAUGCUGCUGUUAUUGCUAUUAAUGAAGCUGUUGACCACAGAAUCCCAGCCGACACAUUUGCAGCUUUGAAAAACCCCAAUGCCAUGCUUGUAAAUCUUGAAGAGCCCUUGGCUUCCACUUACCAGGAUGUGCUUUACCAGGCUAAACAAGACAAAAUGGCAAAUGCUAAAAACAGGACAGAGAACUCCGAGAGAGAAAGGGACGUAUAUGAGGAGCUGCUCACUCAAGCUGAAAUUCAAGGCAAUAUAAACAAAGUCAACACAUAUUCUGCUUUAGCAAAUGUAGACCUGGCUUUAGAGCAGGGAGCUGUCCUGGCAUUGCUCAAGGCUUUGCAGUCACCAGCUCUGGGUCUUCAAGGACUGCAGCAACAGAACAGUGACUGGUACUUCAAGCAGCUCCUUAGUGAUAAACAGCAGAAGAUACAGAGUGGUCAGGUUGGUCCUCUGCAGAAGGAGGAGCUACAGUCAGGAGUGGAUGCUGCAAACAGUGCUGCCCAGCAGUAUCAGAGAAGAUUGGCAGCAGUGGCUGCAAUUAAUGCUGCAAUCCAAAAGGGUGUAGCUGAGAAGACUGUUUUGGAACUAAUGAAUCCUGAAGCCCAGCUGCCCCAGGUGUAUCCAUUUGCUGCUGAUCUUUAUCAGAAAGAACUGGCUACCCUGCAGCAACAGAGUCCUGAACAUAGUCUCACCCACCCUGAGCUCUCCGUUGCAGUGGAGAUGUUGUCCUCAGUGGCCCUCAUCAAUAGGGCAUUGGAAUCAGGAGACAUGAAUACAGUGUGGAAACAGUUGAGCAGUUCAGUUACAGGCCUGACCAACAUUGAAGAAGAAAACUGUCAGAGGUAUCUUGAUGAGUUGAUGAAACUGAAAGCUCAGGCACAUGCAGAGAAUAAUGAGUUUGUUACAUGGAAUGACAUCCAAGCUUGUGUGGACCACGUGAACCUGGUGGUGCAAGAGGAACAUGAGAGGAUUUUAGCCAUUGGUUUAAUUAAUGAAGCCUUGGAUGAAGGUGAUGCCAGAAAGACUCUGCAGGCUCUGCAGAUUCCUGCAGCUAAACUCGAAGGGGUCCAGGCAGAAGUGGCCCAGCAUUACCAAGACACACUAAUCAGAGCUAAGAGAGAGAAAGCCCAGGAAACCCAGGAUGAGUCAGCUGUGCUGUGGUUGGAUGAAAUUCAGGGUGGAAUCUGGCAGUCCAACAAAGACACCCAAGAAGCACAGAGAUUUGCCUUAGGAAUCUUUGCAAUUAAUGAGGCGGUGGAGAGUGGCAAUGUAGGCAAAACACUGAGUGCCCUUCGUUCCCCUGAUGUUGGCUUGUAUGGCGUCAUCCCUGAAUGUGGUGAAACUUACCAGAGUGACCUCGCUGAAGCCAAGAAGAAAAAAAUGGCAGCAGGGGAUAAUAACAGCAAGUGGGUAAAGCACUGGGUAAAAGGUGGCUAUCACUAUUACCACAAUCUGGAGACCCAGGAAGGAAGCUGGGACGAACCCACAGAUUUUGUUCAAAAUUCUCUGCAGCUUUCUCGGGAGGAGAUCCAGAGCUCCAUCUCUGGAGUGACUGCCGCGUACAACCGAGAGCAGCUUUGGCUGGCCAAUGAAGGUUUGAUCACCAAGCUGCAGGCUUGCUGCCGUGGAUACUUGGUUCGACAAGAAUUCCGAUCCAGGAUGAAUUUCCUGAAGAAACAGAUCCCUGCCAUCACCUGCAUUCAGUCGCAGUGGCGGGGAUACAAACAGAAGAAGGCGUAUCAAGAUCGUUUAGCUUACCUGCGCUCACAUAAAGAUGAAGUUGUAAAGAUUCAGUCUCUGGCAAGGAUGCAUCAAGCUAGAAAGCGCUAUAGAGAUCGCCUACAAUAUUUCCGAGACCACAUAAAUGACAUUAUCAAAAUCCAGGCCUUUAUUCGGGCAAACAAAGCUCGUGAUGACUACAAGACUCUCAUCAAUGCUGAGGAUCCUCCUAUGAUUGUGGUUCGAAAAUUUGUCCACCUGCUGGAUCAGAGUGACCAGGAUUUUCAAGAGGAGCUUGAUCUUAUGAAGAUGCGGGAAGAGGUUAUCACCCUCAUUCGUUCUAAUCAGCAGCUGGAGAAUGACCUCAAUCUCAUGGAUAUCAAAAUUGGACUGCUAGUGAAAAAUAAAAUUACACUGCAGGAUGUGGUUUCCCACAGUAAAAAACUUACCAAAAAAAAUAAGGAACAGUUGUCUGACAUGAUGAUGCUAAAUAAACAGAAGGGUGGUCUCAAGGCUUUGAGCAAGGAGAAGAGAGAGAAAUUGGAAGCUUAUCAGCACCUGUUUUAUUUAUUGCAGACCAACCCCACCUAUCUGGCCAAGCUGAUUUUUCAGAUGCCCCAGAACAAGUCCACCAAGUUCAUGGACUCUGUAAUCUUCACACUCUACAACUAUGCAUCUAACCAGCGAGAGGAGUACCUGCUCCUACGGCUCUUUAAGACAGCACUCGAGGAAGAAAUUAAGUCAAAAGUAGAUCAGAUUCAAGAGAUUGUCACAGGAAAUCCUACAGUUAUUAAGAUGGUUGUAAGUUUCAACCGUGGUGCCCGGGGCCAAAAUGCCCUGAGACAGAUCUUGGCCCCAGUCGUGAAGGAGAUAAUGGAUGAUAAGUCUCUCAAUAUCAAAACUGACCCUGUGGAUAUUUACAAAUCUUGGGUUAAUCAGAUGGAAUCUCAGACAGGAGAGGCAAGCAAACUGCCCUAUGAUGUGACCCCUGAGCAGGCUCUGGCUCAUGAAGAGGUCAAGACACGGCUAGAUAACUCCAUCAGAAACAUGCGGUCCGUGACAGACAAGUUCCUUUCAGCCAUCAUCAGCUCCGUGGACAAAAUCCCUUAUGGGAUGCGCUUCAUUGCUAAAGUGCUGAAGGACUCGUUACAUGAGAAGUUUCCAGAUGCUGGUGAGGAUGAGCUGCUGAAGAUCAUCGGUAACUUGCUCUACUAUCGAUACAUGAAUCCAGCCAUUGUGGCUCCUGACGCCUUUGACAUCAUUGACUUGUCCGCUGGAGGCCAGCUUACCACAGACCAGCGCCGGAAUCUGGGCUCCAUUGCAAAGAUGCUCCAGCAUGCAGCCUCCAAUAAAAUGUUUCUGGGAGACAAUGCUCAUUUAAGCAUCAUUAAUGAAUAUCUUUCCCAGUCCUACCAGAAAUUCAGACGGUUUUUCCAAGCUGCUUGCGAUGUCCCAGAGCUUCAGGACAAAUUUAAUGUGGAUGAGUACUCUGAUUUAGUGACCCUCACCAAACCAGUUAUCUACAUUUCCAUUGGUGAAAUCAUCAACACCCACACACUCCUCUUAGAUCACCAGGAUGCCAUUGCUCCAGAGCACAAUGAUCCGAUCCAUGAGCUGCUGGAUGACCUUGGGGAAGUGCCCACCAUCGAGUCCCUCAUAGGGGAAAGCUCAGGCAAUUUAAAUGACCCAAACAAGGAGGCACUGGCUAAGACAGAAGUAUCUCUCACACUGACCAACAAGUUUGAUGUGCCUGGAGAUGAGAAUGCAGAAAUGGAUGCUCGGACCAUCUUACUGAACACAAAACGUUUAAUUGUGGAUGUCAUCCGGUUCCAGCCAGGAGAGACCUUGACUGAAAUCCUAGAAACACCAGCCACCAGUGAACAGGAAGCAGAACAUCAGAGGGCCAUGCAGAGACGUGCCAUUCGUGACGCAAAAACUCCAGACAAGAUGAAAAAGUCAAAAUCUGUAAAGGAGGACAAUAACCUCACUCUUCAGGAGAAGAAGGAGAAGAUCCAGUCAGGCUUAAAGAAGCUGACAGAGCUUGGGACUGUGGACCCAAAGAACAGAUACCAGGAACUGAUCAACGACAUUGCCAGGGAUAUUCGGAAUCAGCGGAGAUACCGACAGAGGAGAAAGGCUGAACUGGUGAAAUUGCAACAAACUUAUGCUGCUCUGAACUCUAAGGCCACAUUUUAUGGGGAGCAGGUGGAUUACUAUAAGAGCUAUAUCAAAACCUGCUUAGAUAAUUUAGCCAGCAAGGGCAAGGUCUCCAAAAAGCCUAAGGAAAUGAAAGGAAAGAAAAGCAAAAAAAUUUCCCUGAAAUAUACGGCAGCAAGACUACAUGAAAAAGGAGUUCUUCUGGAAAUUGAAGACCUGCAAGUGAAUCAGUUUAAAAACGUUAUCUUUGAAAUCAGUCCAACAGAAGAAGUUGGAGACUUUGAAGUGAAGGCCAAAUUCAUGGGAGUUCAAAUGGAGACUUUUAUGUUACACUAUCAGGACCUGCUGCAGCUACAGUAUGAAGGAGUUGCAGUCAUGAAAUUAUUUGAUAGAGCUAAAGUAAAUGUCAACCUCCUGAUCUUCCUUCUCAACAAAAAGUUCUACGGGAAGUAAUUGAUCAUUUGCUGCCAGCCCAAAAGUAUGGAGGAAAGAAGUGAAUCACAGCUGUCUUUCUGGGGUCCCUCUUACCCUUUGGAAACAAAGACCCAGCCCAGGACCAUGCCUCAAUCUGAUACACACUCCCAGCACCACAUUUUUAAUUCCUCCUGCUCUUGUGGGGCAUUUGUUAUGCUUUUGAUAGUGAAACUGUAUCUUAGGCUUAAUCUGAACCUUCUGGUUCCUCUGUUUUCCUCUGUCACUUAAGGAAAGAGUGGAAAGUCCACAGAAUCGUUCUAUGUUGUCAGUCUUAGAGGUUGCAUUAUUAUAUUGUGAGCUUAGGUGUUUCUUUUAAUUAGCAAUAGGGAUGGUGGGAUUUGAAUUCUUGUUAUUUAGAAGUGGAACCUGUCAGUACCAGUAACAUACAUACAUUUAAGACACAAUUAAAAUGUCAGAUUAAUUAUGGUUAUUAGGUUGUCAUUUAAAAGGAACGCUCCUUUACAUCCCUGUCCCAUCGGUAAAAUUGAAAGAUUGGUGGUGGUGGUGGGGGGGUCAUUGUUUCUCUUCCAUUGUGUGUUCCUUUUUGGUCAGGAACUAAUGGAAGUAUUCAGAAGAAACAUUUCUAGAAAGAAACAAGAUAUUGUUUUUAAAUUUCACCAUCAAAUUUGGGCAAUUCUGUGAACUCCUUGGCCAGUGGAUAGGGGUGUCUCCAUUGAUAACAUUCUGCUGUCUGGGUAAAGUCAGACUUGGCUGAGGGCCCAUCUUGGUGACCUACUUGUUUGUGUUGGUGCAAAAUUCUCACUAGUUUCAGAGACCGACCACUCCAUCCCUACAGCAAAGGAAAGGGUUUGCUCUAGUGUAGAACACAACUGUUUUCAAAACUGUUUUAUAUCUUAAAAGUGCCUUAUUAAAGUGUAGAGUUCUUAAAAUAUGGGUGAUAGGAAUUUAAAGAUUUAUAUAAUGCUUUAAUACUUUUAGAAAACUGUAAGAAAAGGAUUUUUUUUAAUGGGCUUAUCUGUAUAUCUGAACUCUUAAGAUUUUCUUAUAGCUAAACACUAGGAUUUAUCUUCAGAGUUGCAAAGAGAUAAUCCUGCCUUAAAUAGUCUAAAACAAAAACAUACAAAACCAGCCAACCCAUGUUACACUUGAUAUUAAAAUGAUUUUUUCCCAUUUCUUUCACCUCUUUUCUCUUGCUGCCCAUUUUGUGCCUCUGUGUUAUAAACCUAGUUUUCUGGCUUUAGUCAAAAACAAUUCAAAUUUUAAACAUUGAAUUUAGGAAGCUUUUGUUCUUGAGCAAAGUCAUACACUUAAAAAAAAAAUCUAUUUAACCAGGAGAAUAUAUUGAAAUCAUGCUACUGAGCCUCCAUUUUCUGUUUUGGUUCAGUAUUCUUUUAUCAUAAAACAUGAAACUUAACAUAAAUAAAAUAACAUUUAAAAAUUUACUGAUGUAUAUUUAAAGCCAAUAAAUUGUUUUAAUUAAUAGCAUAUUAUGUGGUGUGUCCCAGUCACAAAUGUAAAUAUUGGAGAAGUAUUUUUCAUGAUAGACUGUUUAUGCAAUCAGGUCCAUGGGUGCAGAUUAAGUUAUAUGUGUGCUUUAUGCACUCCAGGCAAUCCACAGGAAGUGAUCUGGGAGUGCAGUUGAGCUCUGAAAACCAAGGAAGAGGUGAGGUGAGGAGUGCCAUAUAAGGAUUCUCCACUAUCCUAACCUUGUUUUUCUUGUAUUUUGGAAGACUAUUUUUUUAUUAAACAUUUUUCUCAGACUAAAACAAAAAAGCUUUUAUAGCUAUCAUCAUCUCAAAAACUGGGAUCAACUAAAAGUGUCAACCCUUUUUCUUCCCAAAUGCUUGUUGGGCCUUAAGGCCACCUCCAAGACAGACAAUAUGAGCAAAAUUAACAACUCCUUUAAUAAAAUACGAUGUUUCAAUAAUUUGUAAGAGUUAUAGUUCCCUUAGCACAAUUUCUAAUGCAAUAUAGAGUAAUAUGUACUUCAAAAGAUUUUGAUAAAUAUAUAGAAUUAUGGUUUUAAUAGCAUAGAUAAUGCUCAAACUCUCAAGUAGUGGCAUUGAUACCAUGUAGCCCUUAAUAUUUUUAUUUAUUAGCUGCAGCAUUCUCUUGUCUCAUCUGUCUCCUUCUUUGACCUUCUUUCAACCAGCUAUCAUGACAUUUACCAUGGAUUUACUUCCUCCCACGAAUUUGGACUGCUCAUCAGAUUGUUGCUACACACAAUUGCCUUUGUAUCUCUGUAUGAAAUAAAAGGUCAUUUGUUCA